GCCUGGAGGCCGGAGCACCUGCUGCUGCUGCUGCUGCUGCCGGCCCCGCCGAGGCUUUGGGAGUCCGGCGUUGAAAACGAAAAGCGGAAAAAAAGCCGGUGGCGCAAUCCGGGCGAAGCUGCGGUAACGAAGGGAUUCCCGGGGCAUCGCGACGGUGGAAGAAAGGGAGGUGAGCGAGGGCAUCGCCGGCUUGGCAGCGUGGAUGAAAGUUUGGUCUGAAUUCCGUGCAGGGGACUCCAACCGUCAUGUUAAGAUAAAGCAGAAAGGUGCAGUGCUGAACAUGCUAAAGAGGUUGGACAAAAUAAGGUUCAGAGGACAUAAGAGAGAUGAGUUCCCGGACUUAGCAGAGUCUCCCAGUGCUUCAGAUACUGAAUGUGGAGAUGAAAUCCCUAUGAAAAUACCUCGUACAUCAGGCUACGAUGAACUGAGAGACCCUGCUGGUCCUGGGACUGUCAUCAUGGCUACAGGAGUUCCCGAUUACAACAGAACAGAGUCUGACAGAUUAAAUGAGAUCAAAGGCCACUUGGAAAUUGCCUUGCUGGAAAAGCACUUUCUCCAGGAGGAGCUAAGAAAACUGAGAGAAGAAACCAAUGCUGAAACACUUAAACAAGAGUUAGAAAAAGAACGCUUGAGAAGGAUAGAACUGGAACAAAAAGUCAGUGAAAUUCUAAAAGCAAGAGCAGACGAAUCGCCUCCAUCUACCCAGCAGCCCCCCAAAGCACAGAAUGGAACAGAUAAACGCAGCCACAUGGUGUGUUCAAGAGUUCAGAAAUGGAUUUAUGAUAAAUUUGGAGAAUAUAUUGAAGACUUUAGAUUUCAGCCAGAAGAAAACACAGUGGAAACUGAAGAGCCGCUCAGUGCUAGACGGCUAACAGAAAAUAUGAGAAGAUUAAAGAGAGGUGCCAAACCUGUUACAAAUUUUGUGAAGAAUCUUUCUGCCUUAUCCGACUGGUUUUCUGUCUAUACUUCUGCUAUUGCCUUUAUUAUCUACAUGAAUGCUGUAUGGCAUGGCUGGGCCAUUCCUAUGUUCUUAUUUUUAGCAAUUUUGAGGUUGUCGCUAAAUUACCUCAUAGCCAGAGGGUGGAGAAUACAGUGGAGCAUUGUGCCUGAAGUUUCUGAGCCUAUUGAACCUCCCAAAGAAGACUUAACGGUGUCAGAAAAGUUCCAGCUUGUUCUGGAUGUGGCACAAAAAGCACAGAAUUUAUUUGGGAAAAUGUCAGAUAUACUAGAAAAAAUUAAAAAUUUGUUCAUGUGGGUCCAGCCUGAAGUAACGCAGAAACUAUAUAUUGCUUUAUGGGCAGCUUUUAUUGCAUCCUGCUGCAUUCCUUACAGGAUCGUUGGGCUUGCAAUAGGACUUUAUGCAGGAAUUAAAUUUUUUCUGAUUGAUUUUGUCUUCAAACGGUGUCCAAGACUACGGGCAAAGUACGAUUCUCCUUAUAUCAUAUGGUUGAACUUGCCUACGGAUCCUCAACUCAAAGAAAGGGCUAAUGCUACAGUAUCGAGACGGCCUCAAACAGCAGCAUCCCGAAGCUAUGUAGGUUCAAACACCUCAACAGGAGUGAAUCGAGAUGAGGAAACCAGUCGCUUUCACAAUACAAAGAGAGGAAACUUCCAUGAAGUAUUUAACUUGCCAGAACAUGAGCGUCCAUUGGCAGUGUGUGAAAAUGGCUGGCGCUGCUGCUUGAUAAACAGAGAUAGGAAGAUAACCACUGAUUACAUUAGGAAUGGCGUUCUCUAUGUUACUGAAAAUUACUUAUGCUUUGAAAGUUCCAAAUCUGGUUCAUCUAAAAGAAAUAAAGUUAUAAAACUUGCAGAUAUAACAGAUAUUCAAAAGUACAAAGUACUUUCCGUUCUCCCAGGAUCUGGGAUGGGUAUUGCAGUAUCCACACCAUCUACACAAAAACCGCUCGUGUUUGGUGCCAUGGUACACAGAGACGAAGCUUUUGAGACUAUUUUCAGCCAGUAUGUGAAGAUAACCUCUGCAGCAUCUGCCAGUGAAAGCUAGUAUAUCAUCCUUGCCGGUUAUUAUAGGAAACAUCAUGAAUUUUACUCACCCAGUAGUGAAUAAAAAGGUGGAACAUCCUUCAAUCAUCAGUCCUGCAAUAAUUUUCUUUGUUGCAUAUGUCCUAUGUUACAGAAGUGCAUUUUUUACAUGCCUUCCAUGGUUUCUGUUGGUUUUUAUUUACUGUUGUUGGUUUUUUGUUUUUUGUUUUGGUAAUAAAAUAAAAGAACAGUGAAAAUGCUAUCGGCACUGUUAGCCUUGCACAUUAAGCACUUUUAAUGUUUGUUCACUGACAUUAAAAAGCUUGGGAGGAUUCUUAGCAAAACUAGCUUGAGGGGUAGGCCUUGUCUUAAUAAGACAUACCCUGAACUCUGCGGUUCAUCCGAUAUUUCUUUCGCUACGGGUUCUGCACACUUCCACUGCACAAAUUCCAUUGAUUUAAGUGGCAUUACUAUAUAUACACAAAUGGGGUGCAAGUUUGCAAUUGAACUUAGCAAAAACUGUCAAGGACGUGAUUUUGAAGGGUCUUGGUUUUCCUAAAUGUGGUGUAAAUAAUAAUAAUAAUAUUCGAAGGUAUGAGUAUUUGAAGCUGUGCUUCCAGAAAACUUUCAUACUGACUUCUGUAUCUUUUCAAAAGGCAUUUCUAGUUUUAGAGACAAUUGGGAGAUGCAAUUAAAUCUUCAGAGAGUUGAUAUGGUCAUUUCUUCUUGGCCUACCUUACACAUCUUGCUUUGUCAUUUGUCUUAUGUCCCUCUGUUGACAUAACUAAUGUUCCCAGUGUUUUUGAUAGAGAAGCAACUUUUUAGAAUUAUUUGGCAUGCUGCAUUAUCCUGUAUUUUCCUUAAAAUAUUGGAUAAACAUAAAGUUGAAAGUUAUCAAAAAUGUGUCCAUUGGAAUGGAAGAGGAAUAAUGGAAAUAGUGUUGUAUCAAUGUACUACAAGCUCUUCACCCUUUGUAGUAUUUUGAGACACGUAAAAAAAGGAGGGCUACAACAUUGAAUCAACAUAAUUUUGAUGAAACCCUGGGAUCUUGCUGUUGCCCCUGUACAUGUCCAUAAUUCUUUUUCUUUGGUAUUCCUAUUGGUAAAUUUUGUAUUGCACGAACGUUAAUUUGCAUUGGCUGAUAUUUUAGCUUCUUGAGAGCUGCAGCUACGCUUUUUGUAGUAAUUAACUUUGCAUGCGGUAGCCUUUUAAUCAUGAAAAGAAAUUGAGUAGAUGGCUAAAACUCCACAUGCCAAUUUAAUAUUUCAUAAAGAUGGCUAUGAUACAUUAAUUUUAGUUUCUUUUAUUUCAAAGUCAGUUUUUGAAGAUUGGAUGGUUCUUAACAGAGAAGCAGCAGAUCCUAGAAUCUAUUCUGUACUCCAAGUGAUCCCCUCAAUUGCUUUUUAUUGAGUACAUAGAGUCAAUUGUUUACAAAUACGAUUGGAACUGUCAAGUAGGAAAAUUGAGAGGCUGCUUCUGUGCUAUGAACUAGUCUAUCCCAAACCAACCCCUUGCUUUGUAUUCUAUUGUUGACUCUGUUACAUGCAUUUGCAUGUAACAUGUCACUGCUGCUCAGUUAAGCUUAAUUAUUAUAUGUUCAGAUGUCAUAAGAAGAUGGACUAAAAAAAAAGUCAAGCAUAACUAAAAUUGUAGGCAAUAAAUGCUAGAAAAGUUUAGCAAACUGAUUUAUGUGUGGAGAAAACCUUGUUUCUUAAAAAGGAUUAAAACACACAUUAAUUAUUGGUCUAGAAUCAGGAUCUGAAAGGCUCAUAUAUUUUCUAUAAGGUAAUACGGAGUUUCAACUCAGUGCUAAUGUGAGCCCCUAAAAUGUUAAAUGAAUUUUCUGUAUGUGAUUCUCCAUGAUGAAUUAAACUCAUGAUUUCAAUGGACUUAGGGGAGGGCAAAAAUAUACCACUGAUUUUUUAAUAAUUAAGAUGCAAUUCACAUAGAAAUGCAAUCCAUAUAGAAUUAAAACAUGAGAAAAUAUUGCAACUUUAUAACAUAAAACCUUUUCACUGGAAAUAAAUAGUAGAGCUAUCAAACCAUAAUUUUAAUGGGAAGAAUACACUUGUUUUCUUCUUUAUGACCCUUGAAAUCUGGAUUUCAUUUUUGAGAUAGUUGCUCUCAUAUUUUGUUCCAUAUUUAUUUUGGAUUAACAUUUGCCUUUUAUAGCAGCAACUGGUUAAAAAAAAAUCAAUCCUAACUUUGCUGUUGGCGUGAUCAGGCAGAGUGCAAGCAACAUCUUAAUGUGAUCUUGAUUUGCAUACUCAAAACAUUUGCAGCAUCCCACAGAAUUGCUGAUGACGGCCUGGGGCUUGUGACCCACAGUUUGAGAUCAACCACUGUAACGGGGGAAAAGUUAGUGAUGGUAAAAUGUCAGCUUUUUUAGUAAUGCAUUUCUAUAUUAACAUUUUGUGGUUUAUAUAAGAUGUUAAGCUGGUAGGCUUCAGAAAACUUUGAACAAAUAAGGAUUUUGCCAGGCAUAAUCCCAGCAAGUAAAUGUAAAGAUGGGGAUAUAAGCAUUAUGUCAGAUUAACAUUUUUACCAACCUAAAUCAGAAUUGUAUUACACAGAAUUGGUGUUUUCCCCCCUUCUUUCUAAAAAGACUAUCCCUUGGAUAGUCAAGUUAAUAUAUUUAAUCUUAUUAAUAUUUAUUAAACCCAACAUGGGUUUGUUAAAAUAGAUCAUACUAGAUAAACCUUACUGGCUUCUUUGACAAAGUGACUAAAUUAGCGGAUCAGGGAAAUGCUGAGGACGUAGCAUUUGAUAAAGUAGACCCAGCCUGCUUCUUGGCAAGAGAAAAAUGUGGGAUAGACAGCAUCACUAUCAGAUGGUUUUGUAACUGGUUGACCAACCACACUCAACAUGCAGUCUUCAAUGGAACUACAUCUACAUGGAGAAGAGCAUGCAGUGGGAUACUUCAAGGUUCUGCCUUGGGCUCACUGCUCUUCAACAUCUUCAUAAAAGAAGGAAAAGAAAGGAUUCUUAUCAAAUUUGGAGAUGAUACCAAGCUGGGGGGGAAUAGUCAACACUUUAGAAGGUAGGCUCAAGAUCCAGAAGGGAUCUUGGGCCCCAUUAAACAAAAUUAAAUUCAGUAGUGAGAAAAGUAGGAUCUUAUACAUAGGCAAGAAAAACCAAAUGCAAAGGUGUAGAAGAGAUGAUACCUAGCUCAACAGCAGUGUCUGUGAGAGAGAUCUAGGUGUCCUAGUUGACAAUCAACUUAAGUAUGAGCCAGAAGUGUGCUGCAGCUGCCAAAACAGCCAAUACAGUUCUAGGCUGCAUCAACAGAGGGAUAGUACCAAAUUGAUGUGAAGUGAGAAUACCCUUUACACUGCACUACAGGUCGUUCUCCGUUUUACAACCUUUCUUUCCACAGUUGUUAAGUGAUACAUUGCAGUUGUUAAAUUAGUAACAUGGUUGUUAAAUGAAUCUGGCUUCCCCAUUUACUUUGCUUGUCAAAAGGUCGCAAAAGGGAAUCGCAUAACCCUGGGACACGGCAAGCAUUGUAAAUAUGAACUAGUUGCCAGGCAUCUGAAUUUUGAUCACAAAGUGACCAUGAAGAUGCUGUCAUGGUGGUAUGUGUGAAGAAACAGUCAUAAGUCACUUUUUUUUUUUUUACUUUUGUAACUUCAAAUGGUCACUAAAUGAACUGUUGUAAUUCGAGGACCACCUGUGUAUUACUGAGGGCAGGAUGAAGUAAUGGGUGGAAAAUCAUUAAAGAGAGAUCCAACCUAGAAUUAAGGAUAAAUUUCCUGACAGUGGGGACAAUUUAAUCAGUGGAACCGUUUGCCUCUAGAACAGUGUUUCUCAACCUUGGUAGCUUGAAGAUGGGUGGACUUCAACUCCCAGAAUCCCCCAGCCAGCAGCGCUGGCUGGGGGAUUCUGGGAGUUGAAGUCCACCCAUCUUCAAGCUUCCAAGGUUGAGAAACACUGCUCUAGAAGGUAUCACUGAAGGCUUUCAAUAAGAGACCGGACAGCCAUUUGUCUGGAAUGAUACAGGGUCUCUUGAUCAAGCAAGAGGUUAGACUAGAAGACCUCUGAAAUUCCCUUCCUGUUAAUUCUAUGUUCUGUGAGAUUUUUUUUGUGAGGAAAAAAAGGAUAGAUUAUAUUGUUUACCAAGCAAGCUAUUUUUCUUUUCUUUUUUUCCCCUUUUGUAUCAUUUUCAAGUGUACUUUUUAACCUUCAAUCUGUUCCUAAAAUUACUGGUUCUGGUGAAAAUCAGAUAACAGGAUUUUAAAAAAAAUAUUUUUUUUUAUCUCCGUUCUAGUCACCCAAAGACUUGUUCUAGAACGGUGUAUUUCAACCUGGCAACUUCAAGAUGUCUGGAUUUUAGUUCCCAGAAUUCCCCAAUUCUGGAAGUUGAAGUCUACACAUCUUAAAGCUAAUGGAAGUUGAAAACUACCAUUCUAGAAGAUGGUUGCUUCAAAUCUAUUUGUGAGAUAUGGUUAUGCCACAAUAAUAAUCUUUGAUUUUUAUAUUUUCAGAAUGAAACAGUAUACGUAAAUGGCUUUCAAUUUUUCCCUAUUCUUCUGUGUUCUUACAAAAAUGUUCAAAAUAAGCUGUACUUUUAAAAGUGCAUCCCUUAAAGAAAAGAGACUAGAAUGGAACAUGUAUUCAAGUGAGAAUGCGAAGACCAUUAAUGUCUGUAUUGUGUACAUGAAAAAAACCCCAGGUAUUUAGGAAUUAGGUAAAUCUUACCGUGCAACAUUUAGCUCAGUGUCCAAUCCUUAAUUUUAUCCCAGCCUAUUUCUGCACGAGGAUAUAAAUUCUCCCACCGAAAUUAGAAAAAUGUCUCAAUUUGUGCGCAUAUUUUCCUGACCUCUCCUGUACACAGUUCACCACUUCAGUGGUGAAAUGUAUAAUUUUGUAGACUUUUGAUGACAAUUCGUUUGUGAAAAAUACAUGCAGAUAUCCACCCAUACACUAAAAUGUGUAGGAGAUGUGAAAUGUACAUUUUGCCAUUGAAAUACAGUCUUCAUUUAGUCAAGCAUUUGGGAAAUUAGGUAAAUAUGCAUUAAAAUGGGAACUAUUUUAUUUUUUUCCCCUUCCUUGCUGAAGCCAUGCACAUUUUCCUACUGAAAGGACUAAUGCAUAAUUAACUGCUGUUCUUUGUGAUAGGGGAUAUUUAAUCUCAUGCCGUAAAAAUAAUUUUGGUGUGCUGGGCCAUCUCAGUGCUUUUCUUUUUCUUAUAUCCUGAAAUGCUGAAUAUUUGUCAGUUUAUUCUGUAAACUGCAACCACUCCUAGGUUUGAUUUAAAUUCAUCUCUUUCUAUGGGAUUUUCAUUCUCUACUUACUGAAUGUAGCUCCAUUAGUGCUACUAAUACAAAGUGUUACCUUAACGUAGCAUUUUUAAAAACCAUUUUAUAAAUUUGUUGUGCUGAUAUGUAGAGUAGUAUCUCCUGUGGCUCAUGAUGAUUUUUUUAAAAAAUUAGUUGAAUAAGCUGUUUUAUUAGAAACAUAGUGGUCAUGUUGGAGACUUUUUCUCAUUAUAAAAGGAAAUGAAAACUGAUCACAACUUAUGUUCCCUUCCUAAACUGCCAGAAUCAGAAAUUUUAUUACAUUAACAUAUUAAUUUUGCAGGAUUUGACUCUAGGCAAAUCAUGUAGCACCAUAAUGCAAAACUCUUGCAAAGCCAAUGAAUAUGCUGUGUAAAGUGAGGGGGGGGAUUAUUGUAGAAGUAUGGGAGUGUUUGACCUGCAAAAGCAAAUCCGGUAGUUUAUAACUAAUUAUGUACAUUUCGGCAGACAUUUUUUUCUGCUACUAAUCAUUAAAAAGAAUGGAUGUGAAAUACUUUUUAUGUCUGAAAAUUCAGUCUAUAUUUUGAAGUUGUAAAUAAUACAUUAGCAGUGUAACUUUUGUUCAAACAGGAGCGUUGUACUGUAUGAAAAACUGAACUGAAACAAUUUGCCCUGUACAUUUUUUAAGAGAACUUUCUUUGUUUUAAAAAAAGUGGGGGGAUAGGGUAUCUUGGUAUAAAUUAUAAUUUUUAUUUAAAUAAACCUUAAAAAUGC